GUUGGCUCCAGCUUCAACUUGAAUGCAUGCGCAUUGACACUCAACGUACGUUCAACGUUACAACUUUCAAGCCACGUUGAAGCGCUCCUUCACGUCCUCUUGCGCACAAUAUGCUAAUUUCCACACUGGAAGUUACUGUCAUUUUCAAUCAACUGACAGCAAUUUGAGCAGGGACACUCGGUGUAAAAUAUGACAGUAGACUUCGGUCCACAGACAUAACCGAAGUCGUUCCCGCCCGUGUUUUUUAAGCACUUUGGUGCAUCUGUGGAUAAACUAUGCGAUAGCUACGCCAGCUAUCGCUGCAAUAGAUAUGACAAUAAUAGUUGGCUUUUUAUACGUGAUCAGUGGUACGGCCAAACCCUUUUAUGUGCCUGCAUCGCCGAAUGCUUGGGUAGGGGAAAACUACUCGUUGCCAAUUCCGCCGAUAACAGCAAGUUCACGACACAUCCGGUGGAGAAAUAGAGGCGGCGACUGGACUUUCAUAUUCAUGCGACGAGGGAGUCAUCUGUCCUCCAGUAUGCACCAUCUUAGUAUAGGGAUAUCAGGUUUCGUGUUCAAACUGACCUAGAUUGAGUCUUGGAUAUCAUGGAGUUCUGCCGUGGACUGGACACAACUGAUUUUGUCAGACCGGUUGGCAAAACUGCCGAGCUCUGCCAACAACACUAGCAGCGGAUGCUCGGGAAUGAAACAGAUGCCAGCUCACUGUGGCACUUUGAUGAGCACCGAUGAUUAAAUUUAAAAAUCAAUUUACAAUUGUGUUGGCCGAGUCAACGGCUGUACAUACGCCC